UCUUGCCCGGCUGUGUGUUUACUUAGCCUACAGUGAGGAGAGCGUGUCCUCCGAAUGCCAAUUAAGCCGGUGAUGGUCAGAUCAUUGUCACGCCGCUCUGAUGACUGGCAGGUCUGACAGACCGGCUGAACCCUGCAUGUCGUCGCUUUAAUUAAUCGCCCACAGGCCUCGGAUUCACGUGGGCAGACGGAGGGAGUGUGGAUGUUGACGGAGAGCACGUCUUCUUCGGAUCAUUUUAUUUGUAGAGAAAGUGAGCCUUGAUUAGAGUUGUUCACUUUUCUUCUGCUUUGUUCUACUCAGAGUAAAAGGAACAAACAUGCAGGAUUCAUCCCAAGCCAGACUUGAAGGCUGACACCGCCGUCCUCUUAUUGCUGGAAGUCCUGAACGGACCGAGGUGGAUGAAGUUUGAUCCAGUCUGGAUGGUCGACCAUGUUGCCACCAGAUUGCUGUGACAUUACUGAAGAUUCGUGGACAGAGGUUAACGAAGAAUCGGACUAGCUUCAUUUGGAAGACCUUCCUGAAUCACCGUCUCUGAAGAAGUUGCUGUUUCCUGUAAGCCAGUUUAACAAAGGACCUCCUACCUAUCUUUAAAAAAAUGGAUACUCUUUCCCAAGAUUCAAUCCUGGAGUGCCAGAUCUGCUUUAACUACUACAGUCCUCGUCGGCGGCCCAAGCUCUUGGAUUGCAGACACACAUGCUGCUCGGUGUGUUUGACCCAGAUGCGCAGCAGCCAGAAGGAGAUUCGUUGUCCCUGGUGCCGCGGCGUCACUAAGCUCCCGCCGGGCCUGUCCGUCUCCCAGCUCCCCGAUGACCCGGACAUCAUCACUGUCAUCGCCAUUCCUCACGCCUCCGAGCAUACACCCGUCUUCAUCCGCCUCCCCAGUAACGGCUGCUACAUGCUGCCGCUGCCCAUCGCCAAAGAGAGGGCGCUCGGUCUGCCGGGGGAGCUGGGAUGCCGCUUCCUGCCUGGCGGCCAGCAGAAGGGGAUGACGGUGGUGACGGUCCCCGAGCAGCAGCCCCUAGGUCUGGGUAUGAGUCUGGAGGGCAUGGGGAUGGGGAUGGGGUUGGAUGGAGGCGAGAGUGAAAGGAGAGUGAGUCACCCGGUGGGAGCUGGAGGGAAGGGGUCCACGUGGUCCGGCGUGUGCACAGUGAUACUCGUGGCGUGUGUGCUGCUUUUCCUCCUGGGCAUUGUGUUGCACAACAUGUCCUGCAUCUCCAAACGCUUUACUGUCAUUUCUUGCGGCUGAGGACAGAGGAGGAGGAGGCCGCUCGGACUGCCAUGGACCCCCCUGGACCUCGCCAAGCAGCCCUGCCUCUCUCCUCAGGGUGGGACUCUGCCGAGGAGAGAGGACUAAACUCACACCAUGGGCAUUCAAGGAAACAACAGAGCAGUGUGGUGAGAAAAAGAUGAAGAAGAGGGCAGGGCGGAGAUCCAGAAAAAGUCUGCCUUUUGUGUCCUACUUUUUAUUUUUGGGACUGAAAUUAAAAUGGAAAUAGAGUUACAAAAAUCACCUGAAACUCCCCCCCCCCCUCUUCCUGUCCUUCCAUUCUCUUUGAAGAAAACUUUGGGAAUUUUUCCAGAAAUGUCUUUUGGCCAGCUGAUCCGUCCUUGGCGGAGCUCCGAUCCGACUCUCAGUCACACUCACAGCCUUUUGGAUUGCCUGUUUAGUCUGUGGUUGGUAGAAGUACAACAGUUAUCAUAGCGUUUUUGUUUUUAAAGCCGAGUGUCUGCUGGCGUCUCCAGCUGGUGCAGCAGUACAAAGAGUCUGGACUUGGCUGCGCUCGGUUCUCUGAUGCUGCAGGAUUUAACUGUGCGGGAUCCGCGUCUGGCCCCGUUUGAAUCAUCUGGGAAAGUUAAAAUCAACACAGCUUUUAGGGUUGUUUUUUUUUUUUUUUAUUCCUUCACACAACCUGUUCCUGUUCAGAACAAAGUGUUGUUACGUCGGCUCCAUGUGGAACACAGAAUAUCAUCAAAAGAAGACAAGAGGUGGACUGUGUUGUUAAUCCAUGCCAGCUUAGAACACACCAAAACUGAAUAUAAGGGUGAGAGUGAGACGCUGUACGACUGUUCAAACGCUCAGAAGCACUGAAAUCAUAUGAAGACAUCGUUUUUGACCAUGCUAAUAUGAGCAGUAGCUGUUUGAAUCAGUUUUUCUAUAAAUUCAAAACCAUUUGGGCUUUACCAACUUUUUAAAAUGCUAUCAAUUACUUUAUUAUUUCUCAAUUAGUUACAAGACACAUCUACUGGCAUCCAAAUCUACAACUUUUGUUCUCCGUGGGAAACUUUGCAGAGCCGUUUCUUUUGUACGAUGGUGCAAGCUUUCAAAAGAGGCAAGAAUUCAUUAGAAAUACUAUUUAGUAUUAAGAACUGGAGGACAAAUUAGGAUUUGAAAGGAAAAGCCAACGUUACGGUCAUGUACAUACAGCUAUCGUGACUGGGAUUAUCAUACAGCUCUAGAGCCAGCAGGGAUUUAUAGAAUGGAAGCAGUGGGAACAAGCUAGCCUGUGGUUUUCCAAUACUGGGGAUAUGUGUUGUUUGUUGUUUAAAGGUUUAUAAAGGUUAAAAUGAUCACUGUUGCUGUCUUAUUUUGAGUAUGGUGGGGAUAUGUCCAAUUCAGCAUGUACUGCUGGAAAUAAAUUUAUGAGAAACAGCUCAUAUUUUGAAAAAGGGAAGCCUAUAAAAGCCCAAUUUGUCUGUUUUAGACUAUAAUCUGCAAUUUUCGUAUGGUUCCAAAACAGACAGUGAUUCCGUGUAGCUAACUUAGCUAGUAUAGAAUGGAAGCAGUUGUAAAAAGCUAGCCUGUGGUGUAUGGUUGGAAUAUGUCCAAUUUAGCAUUUAGUGCUGGAAACAAAAGCAAAACAUUCUGAGAAUUAUUUCAACCUUAUUUUACAUGAUAUGGAGGUGAACCAAACUGGCAACCCAGUUACAAAGGUUGACCCAUUCUUGUUUCACAAGAGAUAGUAGACCCAAACUGGCAACCCAAUCACUCUAAUUCUAACCAAGUUAAUACCAAUAGAUAGUGACCUCAAAUUGGCCACCCAGUCUGGAAAGGACCCAAUCUGGCAACCCAAUCUCGCUAAAUUCAACCUAAUUUUCACAAUCUACAGUGUACCAAAACUGGCAACCCAAUCUCUCUCCUUUAACCAAGUUUUUAUGAUAGAUGAUGGACCCAAACUGGCAACCCAAUCACUCUUAUUUUAACCAAGUUAAUACCAGAAGAUAGUGACCUCAAAUUGGCCACCCCUCAGUCACUGUUAUUUCAACAAUUUUUUCAUGAUCUACAGUCGACCCAAACUGGCAACCUAGUUACAAAGUUUGACCCGUUCUUUUCUCACAAGAGAAAAUAGACCCAAUCUGGCAACCCAGUCCUUCCUAUUUCAACCUGAUUUUGCUUGAUAGAUGGUGGCCUCAAACUGGCAACCCAAUCACUCUAACUUUAACCCAGUUUUUAUGAUAGAUGAUGGACCCAAACUGGCAACCCAAUCACUCUUAUUUUAACCAAGUUAAUACCUGAAGAUAGUGACCUCAAAUUGGCAACCCAGUCACUGUUAUUUCAACAAUUUUUUCAUGAUCUACAGUCGACCCAAACUGGCAACCCAGUUACAAAGUUUGACCCGUUCUUUUCUCACAAGAGACAAUAGACCCAAUCUGGCAACCCAGUCCUUCCUAUUUCAACCUGAUUUUGCUUGAUAGAUGGUGGCCUCAAACUGGCAACCCAAUCACUCUUAUUUUAACCAAGUUAAUACCAGAAGAUAGUGACCUCAAAUUGGCAACCCAGUCACUGUUAUUUCAACAAUUUUUUCAUGAUCUACAGUCGACCCAAACUGGCAACCCAGUUACAAAGUUUGACCCGUUCUUUUCUCACAAGAGAAAAUAGACCCAAUCUGGCAACCCAGUCCUUCCUAUUUCAACCUGAUUUUGCUUGAUAGAUGGUGGCCUCAAACUGGCAACCCAAUCACUCUAACUUUAACCCAGUUUUUAUGAUAGAUUAUGGACCCAAACUGGCAACCAAAUCACUUUAAU